CCCCCCCCCCCCCCCGUGGUUACUUGGACCUCAUUUCACUAUUUUUGUGAUCACAAACCUAUUUGAGAUCCACUGAAAUAAUUCUUAUUUGUUUUUAUGCCAGUCCAUUAUUACCUGUUGAUAACACACAGAUAACGAUUUGUUUAUACUUUAUGUUUAUUUAAGUUAUUAAUUAUUGUUUUUGAAAUGGGUUCGGAGAGCCCAAAAACGGUCACCAACGAAGAAACGUUUGAUGAGAACAGUUUGGCUGAGGCCAAUGCCAAAGAACAGUACAAAGAAAUGAAAAGAAAAUUGAGACUUUUGGUCUAUGAAAAUGAAAUCUUUCAACAGACCCUGAAGACCACCCAACGGAAACUCCUGAGGGCUUCUCGAGAUAAAAAUGCUCUACUAGAUAGGCUAAUAAAGUAUGAAAUGGUGGAUCUCAGUAGUAGCGAUGAUGAACUGACUGAAUCAUCGGACGAAGGCGAUUCUAUCAAACCAGAACCUAAUAAGAAGCGAAAAGAUCCACCGGCAAACAACUCUUCUGGUGGAACUAGUAAACAAUCUAUCAGUCCCCAAAGGACAACUCCAAAUCCAGCCAAAAAACGAAAACCUUCUACUCCAAAAGCUUCAAAGUCGGCACCAAUGCCACUUCAAUCGAAUGAGCCUCAUUCUAACAGUGUAUUGUCAACAGCUGAAAGCAGUAAAAAAAUGGGCGAACCAAAGUCAGGCAACAAUUUUGGUCAACACAGUUUAAAAACAGAAAUGUUUAAUGACACUUUUUCAGUAAAGAGUGAAUCAAACAGUAUGUAUGACAUAGACACAUCACCUAACAACACUGCUGAGGACAUGAUCAGUGUCGAUAGUAUUGGAAAAUAAUUUACCCAAAAAAUUCAUUUUUUUGUGAACUUAUAUUUUAAUGUUUAAUAUUGUACAUUACAUCUGUAACAACAUGUGUAUAUAGGUUGUAUAAAAUAAAUGUAAUUUUAAAAUGUAAA